CAGGCUUAUAGUUUAUCCUGUAUUAUGUAAUUCAUUUACUAUAAUAUUACUUAUGCUUAUAUCCAGAGCUUGUUCUAUAACAUUACUCACCAAUAACGAUUGUUGGUUCUUCACUUGAAUGUAUACUUUAAAUAAAAUAGAGAGAUGGAAAAAAAAGAAUGAGGGAGGGAGGUGAACCAAACAGGGAAUCAAAAUGCAUGUUGUAUAGGGAGCGUAUAAUUUAAUUAUGAUUAGUCGACAGUGUAGAAGGAUUUUUUUUAAAUUUUUAUGUUUUUAUUUCCUAGAUACACUAUAUUUUUAAUCCAAUAAUGCAAAGUAAGCUAUUGUAAAAUGUAUUUAGUCUACUGAUGCUUACGUGUUUUUCCAUAGUACCUGAAGAUCUCCUUUUAUUUAAGAUACCAUCUGAUUAUCGUCCUGGUGAUGACAAACUUAGCAAAAUCGUUUUGUCUAAUUCAACUAUUGUUGAUCAAAUUCUGAAAUCUCUUUUGGAUGUUACACCCGGUACUUAUACCACUGAUAAUACUGAGUGGUCAAACGGCUUGAGAAGUGAUAUCCUUUAUGUCUCACGUACCGGCAUUUCCAGUAGUCUCCCACCUAUACUAAUCGAAGUACAAAAACGCGUAGAUCAAACCUUCAUGGCGAGAUUAAUAACUUACUCCAUCAACGUCUUCAUGCGAUAUAAAUGUUAUCCAAUUGUGUUAAUAUUCUGUAUAGAUACAGUGAGUCAAGCUGUUAUGCAUACAUUUGAGCAAUCAAACACAAAAGCGAAUAUGUUUGAAACAAUAUGUUAUAACUGGGCUAAAAAGUGCUAUUUAAUUUCUAAUCGAAUCAUCGAUCCUGCCUUAAGCAACAAAAGUUCUGCCAACAUGGAUCCCAUUGUAGCAAUACAGUACUUCUUUGGUAGUCAACAAAGAAACAUCAUGGCUUUGGAUCAUUACGAUGAUGAGACGAUUAUUGAACUAUAUACAAUCGCCAAAAAUGAAACAGAAAAAUAUGCUAGUGCCAGCGAGUCCCAGUUGAAUGCUUUGGCGACAAUAUGUUCUACUUCUGAAAACCAGUUUAAAAAAAUCAGAAACCUUCUUAAAGAUGAACUGCCAGCAAACAGCAAAGUUUUUAAAUAUGUUAAUCAAGGUAUUGAUUACCAUUCAAAAUUAAAAAGAAAAUAUGAAGAAAUUGUAUUUGAAGAUAAGGACGAGACAAUAACACCAAUGGAAGAACCAGCGGAAAUCAAAUUCAUUGAGCCAGUGGUUCGAGAUUCGUUGACUAAUGAAGAAAUAAAGUUCAUUGAAAACUUUAUCUCGAAAAAAAAAGGCAGAAUGUCUUGGAAGAUUUGUUGGGAGACUGGUAAUCAAGUUGGUUACUUUAAACAAUAUGGAAAUGGGGAGAGCUUACGCGUAACAUAUUCACGUGUAAAAAAGAGUUUAAAAUAAAAGAAAUGUAGCAAAUGUUGUUGUGGGGUUUUGACUUUAUGAAUUGUAGAUUAAGCGGUUAAGCGAAAUGAGUCCCUUUUUUUUUUUUUUUUUUUUUUUUUUUUUUUUUU